CAGCGAAGGAGCAUGUGCGGCGCAACCGGCAGAGCCGCACCUUUAUGGUGGAGAAUGUCAUAGGGGAGCUCUGGGCGGAGCUGGAAGAAGGAGACCGUUACGUGGUGGUGGACUGUGGAGGAGGAACCGUGGACCUGACUGUCCAUCAGAUCCGUCUCCCAGAGGGACAUCUGAAGGAGCUCUAUAAGGCCUCAGGCGGUCCCUAUGGCUCCAUUGGCAUUGAUUAUGAAUUUGAGAAGCUGCUGUGUAAGAUCUUUGGCCAGGAUUUCAUCGACCAAUUUAAGAUCAAGAGACCAGCAGCCUGGGUGGACCUGAUGAUCGCGUUUGAGUCCCGGAAGAGGGCGGCAGCCCCUGAGAGAACCAACCCACUCAACAUCAACCUGCCCUUUUCCUUCAUCGACUACUACAAGAAGUUCAGGGGCCACAGCGUGGAACAUGCCCUGCGCAAAAGCAAUGUGGAUUUUGUCAAAUGGUCGUCUCAGGGGAUGCUGAGGAUGAAUCCAGACGCCAUGAACUCCCUGUUCAAGCCCACCAUAGACCACAUCAUCCAACAUCUCACGGAGCUGUUUGAGAAGCCGGAGGUGAGCGACAUUAAGUUCUUGUUCCUGGUGGGGGGCUUUGCUGAGUCCCUCCUGCUGCAGCAGGCUGUCCAGGACAUGCUGCAGGGCCGCAGCCGCAUCAUCAUCCCCCAUGACGUGGGCCUCACCAUUCUGAAAGGGGCCGUGCUGUUCGGCCUGGACCCCAGCAUCAUCAAAGUGCGCCGCUCCCCCCUCACAUACGGGGUGGGCGUCCUCAACCGCUUCGUGGAGGGCAAGCACCCUCCAGAGAAGCUGCUGGUGAAGGACGGCACGCGCUGGUGCACCGACGUCCUCGACACUUUCAUCGCCGCCGACCAGUCGGUAGCACUGGGAGAGCUGGUGAAGAGGAGCUACACCCCCGCCAAGCCCUCCCAGCAGGUCAUCGUGAUCCACGUCUACUGCUCCGAGAAGGAGAAGGUGGGCUUCAUCAGCGAGCCCGGCGUAAGGAAGUGUGGGACACUUCGCCUGGAUGUGAGCGGAACAGAGAGCACGGCGCCACGCCGUGAGAUCCAAACGCUCAUGCAGUUUGGAGACACGGAGAUCCGGGCCAUGGCCGUGGACGUGUCCACCGGACGCACCGUCAAAGCUAGCAUUGACUUCCUAAGCCAUUAAGAAGGGAACGAGAGCUCAUGUUCCCAAAUAUUUAGGAUCUGUUCAAAUACACACACACACACACACACACACACACACACACACACACACACACACACACACACACACACACACACACAUUUAAACACAUAAACUGGGGAUGUUUGAUGGAAAGGUCAGUGAAUCUCAAGGCUGCGUCACUCAGAGGUUAAGUGUGGUUGGUAGAUGGUUUGAAUAAAAGUGUUAAGGUUUACCUUUAACCCGGGCAGGCCUUCAGCAGUAGAAUUCAUGUUACAACCAGAAAGAAAAGAGAGUGCAGUGUGUGAGCUGAGGAGCCUUAUGGUGUUCACACACUCAUAACAUACUGUGUGCUGCUCUGUGAUGAAUCAGGUUGAAGAGCUCCUCACAAGGAAGAUAAAGGCGUAUCACCUCUCAGACAUAACGUGUAACAGGACAGCUUUUGAAAUCAUCGCUCUAUACAACCCCAGAAAAACAAAACAUACGGUAUAAUAUUCUACACUAUCAUAGUGGAUACACAUUCAGAUUGCAUCUUCUUUGCUUCAGAUUACAGCAAAUCAAUGUAUAUCUGUAAACGACUAACAUGUGAUCAUGGUUUUGCAUGAUUCAGCUCUUUUGACACAGAGUAAACUGUCACAGUGCUGCCAGUGUUUUUCAAAGCAUACUGUUUUGUUUGUAAAGGAGAUGGAUUCACUUUAUGGUAGUGCUGUAAGCAGGUUCACUAAAGUAUAUAAAUCCUCGACAAAAACAUCAGGCUGAACCAUUAGCUUAUUUAGCGUGUUCAUAUAAAGAGCCCUGUAUGACUGUAUGAAACAAAUCGUCCCUAGAUGAAGAAGGGACCAACCAUAGGGCUUAUUGGCAAUUCAUGGGCAGCAAAACAAGCUGUUAAAAGAGAAGUCAAAAGGGUUAGAAUUCACAUCCAGGAGAAUUGAAGCAACAUUAGCGUUAAUUCUGAUUUGUGUAUUUGCUUAACAUUUGUUUACAGAUAGCCUUUGUGGACAUAUUUAACAGAUAAACAUCUACAGCUUUGUUAUUUUUACAGCAAACCUUAGGAGAACAUAUCGGUAUGUCUUUUACUAAUUGAGAGACCAGAAUCAUUUGUCAGCACUGAAGUAUUACCAUAUGUACUGUAAAGGUAAAAACCCGGGCUGGUAUGACAUGGGAAGUCAAUGUAAAUCUUAUGGCUUACUUUUGACAGUCACUGGCAAUGCUUAGUAUAUCUGAAUUUAGCCAAUCAGCCAAAUCAUGCAAAACCACCAGUAUGUUCCAUUAAAAUGAUCCACAGUCAAAUCUGAAUCCUAGAAUGUGAAACGUGCUGCAAGCUCAAUCUGAAUAGCAAGUACAGCCCUCAAUGCGCAUAACUGUUGCCUUUAUUUGUUUAUGCUUCUGACUAUUAGAUUAUUAUUCUGCACAAAGAUGCAGGCCAGCUGAGACAAGCAAGGAAGUGUGUUUAUUUCUGUGUAAAUACAGUAUUUAAAUAUUGUACAGAUUUGUUGGCGUUUAUUCUGCAGCUUUAGAACUGUGUGUGUGUGUGUGUGUGUGUGUGUGUGUGUGUGUGUGUGUGUGUGUGUGUGUGUGUGUGUGUGUGUGUGUGUGUGUGUGUGUGCUUUCACAUCUCAAAUAGUUUUUCUCCAUAGCAUGAGGCGCAGCAGGUUGGAUGCUCUGUUUAAAGUGAGAGUGGAUGUGUGCUUUUUUUCGCAAACACAAAAGAAACUUGAAUACCUCCGUCCUAAGUAUUUCAGUCUUGAAAUGGUAGCAGAGUCUGUGUCCGGUCCCCUUUUCAUCUCACCCGCUGAACUGUAGGAUCAUAAUUAUUACAUAUUCUUUGAAGAAAUACAAUCAAGCCAUUUCAUUUAGAAAUUGUUUUCUUUGUUAAAGACUGAAGCAUAGUCAGCAAUAAUCCAGUGAAGAGUCACAUUUCCAGAUGAUCAUGAAAGGUUUACUUAUUAAAGUCUUAAGUAAAAGAGGGCCUAGUAUAUUAAUUGUGAUGUCAAGAUUGACUCACCCCAUCAGUGCAUAAACUGCAUCCCUUCAUCACUCAGCUUUAUAUACUGUAUAUGUGACUUCAGAUUUAAUCACUGAGCAUCACACUGAUUGUAAAUCCGUGAAAGGACUUUGCCACAUCUAAAUGUUCAACAUUCACCCUAACACUUCACAGGAUGGAAGUUCCUUUUCCUGAUGGAAGCACCGGUUGCUGUGCGUUGUCUCUUGUUUUUAAACAGCAUUGGUUGAAAGAUGAAGCCUGGUGAUGUAGUGACAUCAUGGUUGUUGCUAGGUUUAUUCAUGGAAAAAUGCUCUAUUGGUGUUUCAUCAAUUUCAUUAAUUCGAUGCACGGAAGCUACAACAGCUUAUAUUAUAGCUUCCUCAAUUUAGGUCACCAUUGUCAAAAAAGUCUGCUACUGCAACUGCAAAUUCAUGUGUGAAGGUCACUUUAGGCUAAACAUCAGAGUAGCUACGUUAGCGUUAGCUUUCGUAGUUACAUUUAUUCUGUACAGAACCCUGCACCUUCUUCCUGCUGUGUUACAGUUGGACACUUCCAGUUCAUGACUUUGACUUUGAUGUGUGUACCUGACCAUGAGCGUCACCACAUCCUCACACAACUCAAGAGACAGGUGUUCACAAGACUUGCACAAGUCUCUAAGCUAGUUUAUUAGCUUGGAGCUAGAAACAAAACAUCCCGUAAAGAGGCAAAGUAUCACCGUGAUAAAAACUGGAAGAAGAAUAUACCUGUGGAUGUUUCUUCGGUUUUGCUCCAGAAAAAAGGAUAGUAAUGUUUCAGUCAUUAACCAGCAGGUUUAUUAGUAAUUUUGACCUUUAGUGUUUCUGGGAUCUUGGUUUCCAAAUAGUACGAUCUUAAAAACAAGUUUCCCAUUUUAACGGUGAAUCAAAGCUUGUCUCGCUUUUCAUUUUCAAUGUACAAAGUCGCUCGGGAUGCUGUCCGGCUCUCUUUCUGCAUGCACGUGUCGCAUGUGUCGCAUAGGAAUGACUAAACAGCUACAAGCUACCAACAAUAAGUUGUUUGCUAUUACUAAUACACAAAAUCAAGGUUCGGCACUGUGAUGAAGAUGAUUGCAGUGUUUUCUAUAAUAACUUGUGUGCUUAUCAGCCCUGUCACAGGCUGGAGUGUGGCUGUGCUGUGUAUAAUACUCUGUUGCUACUGUUUUCUGAGCUAAUGCUAAUCCAUGCUAAUGCUCUGAACUGACAGUAGAGCAGCACCUCACAUACUUUACUGAUCUGAACUAAUCUCAUAAGCUUUUAUUCCUCUACACAACUCUCUACUCACAAAGGAUGAAUAUGAACCAGAAGGUUAUAAUAACACCAUGUUUUAUUGAUUCUUUGAGUAGAUAAUUACAAUGUUAUGUGUGAAACCUUGAGUAUAAUGCACAGGAUUCCAUGGGAGCCUGCCUGCAGGCAGCAGUCUCAGGACACCUCCACUCUCAGGACAGGAAGUGUACGCUAAUAAUUCCA